AUGAAGACCGCGCGACUCAUCAUCGGCCUUCUCGUUGGCAUCCAAGGAACCAGCGCACUCACUACCCUGAGGCAGGAGACGGCCAAAAAGGACAUUCUUAUCGGCUCCGGCGCUAUUAACCCUAGCUAUCUCGAUGAAGCCCAUUUUGCGACUGUUUUGGCCCAGCAGUUUAACAGCCUCUCCCCCGAAAAUGAGAUGAAGUGGAAGUUUAUUCACCCGACCGAAGACUACUACGACUGGUCGAAGAUCGACCGCCUCGUUGCGUUCGCUGGAGAACAUGACAUGGUGGUCAAGGGACACGGCCUAAUCUCAUCCUGCUGCAAUCCCGACUACUUGCUCAACAUUACUGACCCCACGGAGUUCCGUGCUGCAAUGGCGGCCCAUUUCGAAGCGAUCAUGCAGCGUUAUAACGGCAAGGUAGAUAGGUGGGAUGUCGUUACUGAAGCACUCGAAACGCUGGGUGGUGGCCUGCAGUCUAAUAUUUUCCUUGACGUACUCGGCUCGGGCUACGUUGCAGAUGCCUUCCGCAUUGCGAGGGCAGCAAACCAGGACGCCAGGCUGUUUCUCAACGAGAAUCAGGUCGAAGCAUAUCCAGGAAAGCGCCAGGAACUUUACGAUUUGGUCUCUGGACUCGUUGCAGAUGGUGUUCCGAUUGACGGAGUUGCCCUGCAGAUGCACGUCACUGAGGGGGUCCCUGUUCCACCGGGGGUGAUCACGGAGAUGUUUAAUCGCUUCAAGGCGCUCGGGCUGGAAACGACGAUUGCAGAAAUGGAUGUCCACACGCUUAACGCCACCCUUCAGACCGAGAUUUACGGCGACCUUGUCAGCGAGGGUCUACACGCAGGAAUCACGGAUAUUACCUUCUGGGGAUUUACGGAUAAGCACGCCUACACCUGGAUAGAGGGCGCGAAGCCAUUGAUGUUCGACGAGUGCUACCGCCCCAAAGGUGCAUACUACGCGACCCACGCUGCAUUGCAAAGCUUCGUGAAUGGCAAUUAG